GAGUGCUGGAGUGUUUUAAAUUUGUCAAUGGAAGUCGAGGGAGAAACCAGUAUUAAGAGAAAAGGGAAGUUUAGAUCGAGUCGAAGGAAGAAAAGGAAAGGUUUUCACGGGAAAAAAGCCUGGAAAGUGCGAAGGGAAACUGAGGAAAAUGGGAGAAAAUUAUGACACCAGCGUAGAAUCACACGAGGAACCACAACCGAGCACGUCCAAAGCUCAAAGUGAGUACGAUGACUUUCUAGACCGCACUGCGCCGAAAAAUAUGUCGGAGUUGAAACUUAUGAACAGUUCUUUUGAAAAGUACGAUCAACAAGAAGCAGUUACUACUCGUUCUCAAAGUAGUUCAGCAGAAAUGUGUGUUCAUGAGGAGGCACAUAGCUACAAGAUGCGCAGCUACUAUCAGAGUGCUUUGCUGUUUCAGCUAUUUGCAGCUCGUGCCGAAAUUCAAAGUCAAAACUGCAGCUAUUUCAAGAUAGCGCAAGCAGAAAUGGCCUGCUGAAUUGAUGUAUUUGAAAUGCUCGUAUUGUGGUAUCAUAACUCCUCUGAAUGUGUUGGCCAUGUUCAGAAGAGAUUAGGAACUGCCCUCAGAAAUUACAAAAAAUAUAUGAAGAUGGCUUGCCUAAAGAUGUCGGAUGGAGGAAAGGUUGAUGGAAGGGGUCGGCUAACUGACAGUUUUGUGGACAGAAUGCAAAAAUAUUAUGGAAGAGCCAUACGUGAGAAUGCAGGUGACUUACACCAAAUGAAGAACAGUGUAUGGGCAAUCUAUCAUCACAUGAUAAAAGAUGAUUCAUGUUCCCUAGAGGAGCAGCACAAGCUAUGCCCCAAAGGUGAAGGUACCUGGUGCAAAUUUUGGAAGGCUCCAGAAGAAUAUAAAGAGGACAAACGUCUUCCUUGUGUUUUUAUUGAUGAACUGAAGCCAAUUUUCAUUAGGCUUACUAAUGAUGAUUUAUUGAAGAGGUGUUUGCAGGGGCAAAGCCAGAAUCGAAAUGAGAGUGUUAAUGGACAGUUGUGGUCAAGAUGCCCCAAGAGCCGGUAUUGUGGAAAGAGACGAGUUGUCAUUGCAGUUUGUGAGACUGUUGGGGUGUUUAACACAGGAGCUGCAAGUAAAGCAUCCCUUCUGGAAUCCUGUGGAAUCUCUCCUGCUCACAAGAUCAGCUCAAAAUAUCGAAAGCAGCGACAGACCAUUCAGUCUAUGAAAAAUUCAAAGGCUGACAAGUUGGCUUAUCAGACUGGCGCAUUUGGCACAAGUUCCAAACCAGAGACAGCUGGAAGAAAGAAAAAGAAAAAUCCUCCCAAGCAAAAGAAAUCAACAGUAGCUUUGCCUGCUCCAUCUUCUUCAAGUGGAUUUGACAUUGUGUUUGUUGUCCCGGAUGUGGAGUUUGUAGCUAAAGAAAGAACUGGGCAACAGUAACCUAUUCAAACCAGUUUUUGCCCUAUUUGGUUUAGAAAACAUUCACUCAUCAAAUGUGGACAUGCUAGACCACUUCUACCCAUUAAGGCUAUGCUUAGUGUUUUGUUUGAAUCAUUUUAGUGCUCUAUCAUUAUGUGUUGAACUUUGUCUUGCAUUUUCUUAAAUUAGCAAUUUUUUACACACCGAGUACUAAAACAGGCAUAGUUGGUUUGCUAUUCACCUAUAUUAUACAAAAUUUCCAGGCCUUGUUCCUGGAGUGAUGUUCUAUGCAAUGAAUUACAAUUUUCUUAAUUUGUCACUUUCGAUCAUUGUUGCUAUGGAAACAAAGGUGCCAAGCCUUAAAUGGCAAGGAUUUUAAAGAAACAUAAAGUUAGUAAUUCAUUGCACAGAGCAAUGUGUUUUGAUAAUUUACAGCAAUUUUUGAGUCAAAUAAUUGAAUAUUCUUUGAGAAAUAUAUGUCUUAAGGCGCAACCUUCUCAUUUGUUUAUCAGAGUUUCUAUGGAAAUGACAGAUUGUUGCAACAUCAAAAGUAGAUUUUAUGAUGCUGCUGUUGAUGCAACUUCCAUAUGCCAAGUUUAUUAAGUUUGGUCAAUUCCAUAAUAAAUUAUGAAUUUUUAUCUGA